AAACAAAAAAAAUUUCUAAACAUUGUGGUGGUAGAGAAACACAGACACACCUCCCAGGAUGUCGUCCUGUAUUCAAAAUAAAUUUGGGGUUAGUAAUGCCUAAACAAUGUUAUUAAAAUAGCAUCUCUACAUUUAAUAGGACCUUCCAAUGGAGCGGCAAGAUAAUUAUUGUUAUAAACUCUCCUGUGGCUUUUAUGAAAUGUGAGACCUGCUAUAGAAAAAAAAAAAUCAGGCAGGUUUACCUUUGGGUGAUUUGAACCAUAAUAAAAUGAUAGGCUGGUUUUUAGCUGCUCUUUUCAGCAGGCAUUAUACCUUUUUCGUGACUAAACGUGUAGGACUUCCCUUUCUGGAUGUUAAGUAAGACCAGCUUUAACGAGUCCCAACUGGAGGCUGGCAGGAUGAGCAGUAAGACAAACACACACAGGCUCCUCGUGUUCACUUUCUCAUGACUACACUGGAUUUACUCGCCGGCCAGAGAAGCUUCUAACAGGACAAUCCAACUGUUCUGUUACAGCCAAGGAAGGGAAGAGCCUACCCCAUCCCCGGCCCACCCGGGGAGGAGAAACAGAGAGCCACCCACUGCUCCGAAAGGACGCAGCUCCUGUCCUCCUCCAGGAAGAGGCCUUCAUAAACCGACCCACGCCAAGUGGAGACGGGGAGGCGCUGCAUCACGCAGGAAAAACCCAAGGUCCUUCCGCAAACAUGGAAAGCCCACCAUGCUCCUUUCACACAUUGGCCUUUUUCCAGCGAUUCUUUUGAAAAGGCACUCAAAACCGGGUAUUAUAAUCCUGAAUUAUCAAAACAUUUUCCCUUCAAAUUCAAAAUAGAAAAGUAUGACAAAAACACUGUCAGCAGCUUGAUACAAAUGAAAGGCAUUUUCUUUAACAUAAAAAAUCAGUAUUAAUUGAUCUUAAUAGGCUAACGUCAAACCAGGUAAAAAACAAUGCCUUAAAACUUCAGGUAGACAACAGAACAGCCUUUAUUCCUUUAACAGAAGCUUAUGAAAUAUUUGUCCAAAUAAGUUCCCUAAUAUAAUUUCACACACGCCGCUGGAAAUCUGAGAUGAUAACCCUCAGAAGCAGCAGAGAAGGUCUCUUCUCAACAUUUCUUUAAGGAGGCUUUUAAUACUUGGCAGUUGGUUCUCCUGGCAGGUAGGCUUGGCACUAUGAGCAACAUCACUUAUUAUUUAUGGAUCAUAGUGACCAACGGCAAAGAGUUCAACCCAAGAAGGGCAAGUCUCUCACUAAGGUCUGCACGGCAUCAAGAUGCAGCAACGGGCUUCACGGGCUAACAGCGAAAUCCGUGGGGAAGAAGAAGAAAGCGCCGCAGGGAAGAAUCACACCUAAAGCAAGGACUCUAAAUCUGGCGAGUUCUGAUAAGACGAAGCCAUUAUGACGUUGGCAAUUUUUGUUCGGAGACUUUCCCCAGGGCUAGCUAAGCAUCCAUAACAGACUUAAUCCACCCUGAAUAGAGUGGAAGGGAAACCAUUAAAACUGUGGUUGUCUGUUUCAUUUGUUUAGGAAAAGGCAAUGGAAGAAACAUAAUUUUGAUAUCCCAACUAUUGGUAUUUAAAUUAAAUGCACAUUUGCUUUUCUGUAUAAACACAGAAAGAAAACAAACCAGUACACGGACACUAUUUCCUCAAGGUAUAAAUAAACACUAAGGAACACCUAUGAUUGAUUUACUAACUUCAGGAAGGUUCCACCUUUGAUUAUUAUUUUCAUUUAUCUUCUUCCACGAGAGUAAUUGGCUUUCAUUCCAUUUGGUGACAUUUUUACUUAUUUAUUUGAAGGUUGCAUUCAAGAAAAUCUUGGAAUCUUUUGGAGAUUAUUAUCUGAAAGUUCUAAAACUAAUUGCAAAUAAGAAAAAGUGAUUUAACUAUACAAAUUCAUCAUUGUAGGAAGGUUUUUAAAAAGAAUAAAACAAAUGGUCUCGUGUUUAAGAAUGGAAUUCAAAGGAUUCGGAACUCAACCCUUAAAUAACUUUAUUUAAAAUAUUUUCAAUAUUUGUAUUUGUGUAUGUGUGAAAGUAGGUCUAUAGAUUUCAUCAGAUUCUUGAAUAAGACUAAGGUUUCCCAGGUUUACCAAUCAUUAAUAUAAACACAUUUUAAUUUUAGUCCUUAAAUAAUACGUAGAAUAAUAUCUUUAAAGGAUUUGUCUUUCAUAAAAUAUAUUCUGAUUCCUUUUAAUCAAAAUUUAAUUAGCGGGAAGGUUGUAAAUGCUUAUUUUCUAAUUAGCAAUAGGAAGCCAAGAAAAAGGCCAAACCCUAAACACUGGUCCUGACUGAGGAGGGCCCCCUCCUCAAACCGACUCCUGGCGCCCUGAGUCCCGGCCUCCGUGUUCCCUUGAGGUGAAUCACCCUCCAUCCAGUUCCUGCGGGUUCAGGAAAUGCUCUUCCCCAGUCUACAAAUCUCACCUCCUCUCAGAUGUGAGUCAUUUCCAUGAGCAAGAGAGCAAGUUGCUCCAGUUGCUCCGGAGCAGGCGAAUGUAAGGGGUGCCCCACAGGGCCAGCUCAAGGGGUCAGGGGAGCACCUACCUUCUCCCGCAGGAGGGGAAAUGCUUAUUUUUCAUGCUUUACCAGAAGACUCACUUCCCUGCCAACCUUAGUUGCAAGGUUUAUUCUUAAUUAGAGUUGAGGAGCCUGUUUCAACUUGAAGACACCCGUAUCUGGUGAAUGGACAGCCAGCUGCCGCAAUGAAAGAAAUCAAACCAGGAACAACCUAUGCUGGACCCUUGCCUCAGUCGUCCCCGAGUGUUUCCUGACACACAGAGUUUCAGCGCACAGUCCAUCACAACUAGAGAAUGGGGCUCAAUUUGACACUUGCAAAAUUACCAGAUCAUGAGCUGCACGGCCAAGGGAGUCAGGCUCCCAGCAACACGAGCGAGGGGCCCGGAAAGAACACCACCGUCAACAACGAAUUCGACACCAUCGUCCUGCCUGUGCUCUACCUCGUCAUAUUCGUGGCAAGCAUCUUGCUGAAUGGUCUAGCGGUCUGGAUCUUCUUCCACAUUAGGAACAAAACCAGCUUCAUAUUUUAUCUCAAAAACAUAGUGGUUGCUGACCUCAUCAUGACGCUGACGUUUCCAUUCCGAAUAGUCCACGAUGCGGGAUUUGGACCUUGGUACUUCAAGUUUAUCCUCUGCAGAUACACUUCGGUUUUGUUUUACGCAAACAUGUAUACCUCCAUUGUGUUCCUUGGGCUGAUAAGCAUUGAUCGCUACCUGAAGGUGGUAAAGCCAUUUGGGGAUUCUCGCAUGUACAGCAUAACCUUUACGAAGGUUUUAUCUAUCUGUGUUUGGGUGAUCAUGGCCGUUCUCUCCUUGCCAAACAUCAUUCUAACAAAUGGUCAACCAACUCGGGAAAAUAUCCACGACUGCAUGAAACUUAAAAGUCCCUUGGGAGUCAGAUGGCAUAAAGCAGUCAUUUAUGUCAACAGCUGCCUGUUUGUGGCUGUGCUGGUGAUACUGAUCGGAUGUUACAUAGCCAUAUCCAGGUACAUCCACAAAUCCAGCAGGCAAUUCAUAAGCCAGUCAAGCCGAAAGCGGAAGCACAACCAGAGCAUCCGAGUGGUCGUGGCUGUGUUUUUCACCUGCUUUCUACCGUAUCAUCUGUGCAGAAUUCCUUUUACUUUUAGUGACUUGGAGAGACUUUUAGAUGAAUCUGCACACAAAAUCCUGUAUUACUGCAAAGAAAUGACACUUUUCUUGUCUGCGUGCAAUGUGUGCUUGGAUCCCAUAAUUUACUUUUUCAUGUGUAGGUCAUUUUCCAGAAGGUUAUUCAAGAAAUCAAAUAUCAGAACCAGGAGCGAAAGCAUCAGAUCCUUGCAGAGCGUCAGAAGAUCAGAAGUUCGCAUAUAUUACGACUACACUGAUGUGUAGCAGGGGGCAAGGGCCGCCGGGCCUUCUCUUGAUUGCUGAAGUCAUAUGUACAAAGUGUAAAUAAAUGUUUCUUUUGAUUAUC